UAUUCGAAGAUGCUGCUAUUUUACGGCGAAAGGGAGUGCAGCUUAGAUUGAUUGAGUCAGUUGGUUGUUUUUUUGUACAGGUUACAUUUGAAGUGUGCUUACCGUAUGCAGCCCAUUCAUGCAUCUUUUUUUUAAAAAAAUUUUAGGGGACCUAUAGUUGAUGUCGUCUUAUGGGAUGGUCUAAUUGACGAAUUUCAAGCUGUGACACCUAAUGAUCCUUUACCAGGAACAGUAGUUGUCUUCACUUCCGUUGUUGUUCGCCACUUCGCAGGUCUCUUACAUGGUUUUCAUUCUAUUUUUCGAACCUGUUCUUUUAGUUUAGAUUAGUGGUAAUUGAGUUUUUAGAUGUUAUGGUUUUAGGGGAAGAAUAUUGUGUGGGCUCAAAUGCAACGAAAGUAUAUUGCAACUUGCACUAUCCUCACGUGCACCCCCUGCUUGAUAAUAUAGAAAAUGUCCCGCUGGCCAUUGACUACACGUUGGAGGAUGCUAUAUGGUUAAGUGAGAUAUGUUCCAUUUCGGAACUGAAUCUAUAUAAGACUGAUUUCACCAACCAGGGGAAUUUGUACCUUACUACUGCAACAGUCAAGGAUGUUACUGUUUCUUGGUCAAGUGUGCAUCUCAAGUUUAUGGUGAGGCUGACUGUUGCUACUGGUCCUCAUGAGGCUUCUAUCAUGUUUAUGACUACCAAGUUCCGGUGGAUAGCAAGCCGUAUCAUUGAGGCUACAGACAAGGAAUGGACCAAUGACUUCAGGACUCUCCUAGCUGCUCUCAGGGGGAAUAUAUUGAAGUUUAUGAUUGAAUUUGGAGAUUUCAACGGCCAGACCAAUGAGUUUGAUUUGGUUCUUCGC